AUGGCGGACGAUGCGGUGGAUGCAACAUAUUCCCGAGUCUUCCACGUCCUGGAGGUGCGCAAGGUCAUCGGGGGGCACAAGCACGCCCUUGCGAACCACGCCUGCGUCCGGUCCUCCCUCAAGGCCAUGUCUGCCUCGGUGCACGAAGCGGAGGUGUUGCUCAACGCCGCUCCCACGGCCAUCGACCCAGACGACCAGCUAAGCCGCCGGACCUGCAUUCCCGACGACGAUCCCAGAGUAGAAGCUAUCGUUCCGAUGAUGGAACAGGACGGCAACGGCAAGGCUCUCGUGUCCCUAAAGAAUCUCACCGCUGAGCGGUACUGGAACGAGCGCUGGCAGCGCGAGUGGGAGACCAAGUACCACGACCCCCUCGUGGGAAUCAAACGGCAGGAGCAGGAGUACAUCGCUCUCGGAGCACUGGACAUCGGAAUGCAGCGGCGAAGGGCGCAGAGGGUCCGAGCGGCCCUCAAGGAGCGUGAAAGCAGGCCGGAGUUCGAUCCCAUCAGGCGUGCAAGGGAGAGGGCUCAAGAGUUCGUCGUGCGGCGGAGGAGGGGGGCGGCAGAAGAGAGGUCGUUCGGCGGGAGACCACGAACGGCCUUCGGCGCGACGAACAAGUGCGUGGCGGUGGUGAAGCACCACCAGCCAAACCACAGCAAGGACGGGGGUCCGAGAGAGGGACAAGGAACGGCACUCGCUCGAGGGGAGAAGGGGCGCGGCAGCCGGGACCGGGCCAGGCAUAAAGACAACAGCACGGGUGGGACUGGGGAGGGCUGUGGGAUCGGGAGCGGGGGCGGCGUGACGGGUGAUCGACCGCCUGGCGGUGACGCCGGGACAGCGGCGUGGAAGCGUGAGCGUCGUCUCGUUAGAAGUCGCACUGCUAAACCACGAGGCUCUGCCGUCGGUGGAGGUGGUGGCGGCGGCGGGACGGCGGCACGUCCAAGAUCCACUUUUGCCACGUGCCCAAGGUUUCCCGAAGAGUCCGGUUGCUGGGACGAAAACUUCACCGUGAGGGCGCUGUCUCGAUUGGCCAAGCACGACCCGCCAGUGUUCGACUACACCGAGGGUGCUCUCGACUCUAUUGCGAAAGGCGACGCCAGCUCGUCAUCUGUUGGUAGCCACGAAAGGCAGCCGAUCGUUCGAAUCGGCCAAUCGUCUGGAAGAUGGUAA